AUGAAACCUCCCAUUGCCCUGGCUUUCUUUUGCCUCCUGGCAGCCCUGGCUGCCGGGAACCUGGUCCAGUUUGGAGUGAUGAUUGAAAAAAUGACCGGAAAGUCCGCGCUGCAAUACAAUGACUAUGGCUGUCACUGUGGUCUUGGUGGCUCCAACUGGCCGGUGGACCAGACGGAUUGGUGUUGUCACGCCCAUGACUGCUGUUAUGGCCGCCUGAAGAAGCUGGGCUGUGACCCCAAGCUGGAAAAGUACCUCUUCUCUGUCACUCGGGACAACAUCUUUUGUGCUGGUAGAACGACUUGCCAGCGGCAGACCUGUGAGUGUGACAAGAGAGCCGCUCUCUGCUUCCGCCACAACCUGGGCACUUACAACCGCAAGUAUGCCCACUACCCCAACAAGCUGUGCACUGGGCCCACCCCGCCGUGCUGA